AGCAGCCCGAGGGAUCGAUUGACGCGCGUGAAACUGAUGCAUAUUGAUUAGCUGAAUGUUGCCUGACUGAUCGACUCUGAACAAACGACGAAAACAAACAAAAACGGUUUACUCUGCGUGUGUUGUAGUUAGGAGCUGUUUGAAGUGUUUGUGGUGAAUUGAUCGGCUGUGUGGACCAGGGAGGAGGGAAACCAGCCUGAACUCCAGCUGAGUGGCUGCGAGAGGCGUUGAUUUGAAGCCGAGUGUGUGUGUGCUGAAAGGUCCAACUCCUGAAAAAAAUGACUCAGUCAGUGCAAGUGAACCCAAAGCUGCCCGAUUUGGGCUCUCCAUUCAUCUACUCCAGUCAGGAAGAGGCUGACCAGCAUGGCUCCUACUCAGUCCAGACUCCGUACGGUUUCCAGCUGGAUCUGGACUUCCUGAAAUAUGUAGAAGAGAUAGAAAGUGGGCACAAUCUCCGUAGAGCACCUGUCAGCUCCCGGCGCUCUGGCCGAGGGGUCAGACUCUCUCAGAGGAGUCCAAGUGUGGGGGGACGUAACAGUGCCUGGACAUCCACAGAGUCUCUGUCAUCCCCGGCCAGUGAGGACGGCAGGGUUCCCCCACCGCCACCGCCACGAAACCGCCUUGGUUCAGCACCCUGUGAAGGGCUCUGUCUUUCCCCUGUGACCCUCCUAAGUGUUCCUCCUCUAUCUGCCGGGGCCAAGGUGCCACCCCCUCCACCACAGCGCAACCCCAGAGUUGAGCGGACUCUUCUGGAAACCAGCCGGCGCCUGCAACAGGAACAAACCCACCAGCACCAGAACGGUGGGCGUUUCCAGCUCGCAGAUCCUCCCAAACAGUCCUUAGCCUCUCCAUCCACUCAGCCUCUGCAGACUAAACCCAGUCCUCAUACCUCUGGGCUCAGCACUCCAGCUGCUGGCACCACAAUGACUCCAAUCCCACCCAGCCAGCUGCAGACAGUUAGAGAGCAGAUGGCUACAGCCUUGAAACAGCUGAAGGAGAUGGAAGAGAGGGUAAAGGGUGUUCCAGCACUUGAGAAAGAGCUGGCCAAGCUUCGUGCAGAGAAAGAUAUGCUCCUGUUAGCCCUGCAGGAGAAAAAAGUAGCCAUGGAGAUGACCCGGCAGAGGCAACCGUCCACAGAGUCUUCUACCCAAACUGUAGAAAAGCUUCAAACCGACAACAGUAUCCAAAGUCGGUUGACUGCACCAACCUCACCAGGGCAUAAAGGCCUCGGAAAAUCUGGAGAGUUGAAAAGGCUGACUGAGAAGUUUGAGGGGAAAGCUACAGAACCUUCAUCGAAAGUUUUAGCAAAAACUCCAGAAAAAAUGUCUGUUGUUGACAAAAAAUCAGUGGCUGUCGGGGACGACGUGCCGAUGGACUCUGUUGUUUUCUACUACAGCCAGGGCGUGAAAGAUGCCUCCGAGGGCACCACGGUAAAUGUUUGUGAGAAAGGCAUGAGAACAGAUGUCCCUCUGGUCCAUGAGGAGGGAACACAAACCAGGGUGGAGACAGAAGAGGCUGAGGUUUGGGUCAUGGAAUCACUACUUGGGCUGACGACCGAAGCACAGCGAGAGAUUGACACCUUACAGGACACCAUUAAAUUUCAGCAGGAGUCCAUUGCGGCUCUAGAGGACCGGCUGAUUGUUGCCGACAAAGACCUGGUGAUCCUUAAAGCCCAGAUGGAGAAGAAAACAUCCAAAGUCACCUUUGAAAAGGGGGUUCUUGCAAAACCAGACAUGACCAAUGCUCAGGUGGAGACAUGGACUCCUGUGUUGAAGCAUGCUACCGUUCUGUGCUGUCCUGAGGUGAACGAUGCAUGUGUAGGUGACCGUUUAACAGCAGAUCAGAUGGAACAAGGCACCCAGACUCAUGCUUUCGUGGAAACAACAGAAGCAGCUCCUGUUGUAAUGGUCAGCACUGGGUGCCAGUGGGAAAACUUGUUUGAAGAAAAGAUGGAGGAGCAGAAAGUGCCAAAAAGGAGACAGUUGACCAUAUCUGAAUACAAGGUCUCAGUAGAGGAAGUGGUCAGUAUGAGUGAGAAGAAAGAGGAAGAGGAAGGAGAGAAGAGCACAACUAGCAACACUAAGACAGGUAUGCUGAAAUCAAUCAUGAAGAGGAAGGAUGGGAGUAACUCCGGCACCACUGGCAAGAAGAGCCUCCAGUUUGUUGGUAUUCUAAAUGGAGGGUAUGAAUCUACAUCCAGUGAAGAGGAGGAGGAGGAGGAAGAAGAGGAGGAAGAUGGAAGUUCUUCUGUGGAAAGUGGGGAAGGUGACUGCUUGGACAGCACAGAGGAGGAUGAGGCAGCUCUGGAGGAAGAAACGUCUGAGGAGGAGAGAAACAUCAACCUGGAUGAGAGUGAUACUGAUGAGGAAACCCUGAGAGCCACAAAUUAUUCAUCUGAUGGUGUGAAAGAGAAGUUUGAGCUGAGCUCAAAAAUGCGUGAGGCCUGCCUCAUCCUGAAGAAUCACCUGAACGAUGACAUCAAAACACUGAAGAGUAAGGAAGUGCUCUCCAGCACCCACACCGUCCAGCUUGAGUGGUUCCGCAUCUCUAGCGCCAAGAUGGCUCAGUCUUCACGGGUCUCGGACUACUUGAUGGCGUUUUCUGAGGUGUCGUCAAUGCUGCUGGAACACGUGGUCAACAUGAUCGAUGGCAAUGGGAACACGGCUCUCCAUUACAGUGUCUCCCACUCCAACUUCGGUGUGGUGGGUCUGCUGCUGGACACAGGUGUGUGCAACGUGGACAAGCAAAACAAGGCGGGCUACACGGCCAUCAUGCUGGCUGCUCUCUCUACUGUGAAAGAGGAGGAGGAGGACAUGGCUGUGGUGAAGAAGCUCUUCAGUCAGGGGAAUGUCAAUGCCAAGGCUAGCCAGGCGGGCCAGACAGCGUUGAUGCUGGCCGUUAGCCACGGCCGGCUGGAGAUGGUUCGGGCGCUGCUGGAGUGUGGCGCUGACGUUAAUGUGCAGGACGACGAGGGAUCCACAGCUCUGAUGUGUGCUAGCGAACAUGGCCGUGCUGAGAUCGUCAAACUGCUCCUGGAACAGCCCGGCUGUGACAUAUCCAUCGUUGAUAAUGAUGGCAGCAAUGCUCUGUCCAUCGCACUGGAGGCUUCCCACAAUGACACAGCUGUGCUGCUCUACGCCCAUAUGAACUAUGCCAAGACCCAGACUGCUGCGGGGAGUCCAAAGGCCCAGCCGAGGAGCCCCAACAGCCCUCACAAGUCCUGGCCUUCAGACUGACAGGAUCAUGGCCUCGUCAGCAACCAUAACUGGAUCUGAGCUGUGAAAAGCUCCACUGGAAUUUACUUAUAAUAUAUAUGUAUUUAUAUAUAUAUAUAUUGCCAUAUGUCCUGCAUUUAUAAGUAUUGUUAAUAUGAGAAUAUUAUUUUUCCAUAAAAUUUGUGAACUGGUUAUAUUAUAUACUUGACUAACUCUUAGCAUGUCUAAAUGAGGUGUCCAACACGUGUUGUUUCUGUGACAGGAGAUGAGACCUUACAUUUAUAAAUUUGCACUUCACUAAUAUUUUAACGUUAAGGGCAACACACACUGGUGGUAUGUGAUGCACAUCUGAAAACCUGCACCCCUUAUUUUUCACUUAAGCCCACAUGCUGAUACAUUACGUGCUUCACGUUAAAUCCCCGUGCCAGGAAAUGUAUGCUGGUUCCCUGGACUGGCACAUCCUGGCUAUCUUUACUACUUGUGUCUGCAUGUCCAGCAUGAGGUGACGAAAGACAUCAAAUGACACAACACAGGCCAUGUGUGACCCUCCAGUUUUCUCUGUCUGUCGUGCCUUGGCUAACUGAUCUGUGAACCUCUUCACCUUCAUAGUCAGCACUGUCUGUGCAUUGUAUGUCCAUAUAUAUAUACACACAAACAUAUAUAUAUAUAUAUAUAUAUUCAAGUUUGAAAUAAACAUUUACAUAAAGGUUGAUCAAAACUGUUUCUGCAACUGUUCUUUAGACUGGGUGAAGGUGGAGUACAGAAAGACCAUCUCCUCCAAACACACAAAUAAUUUCCAUGACUCGUUAGCAGCUUUGUUGACACACCUUAAUGGUUUGUGCUGUUACCAGUACUGGGAUGCUUAACAAGUUGCAGCUAUCGCAGAGUGUACGAAUACACUGUUUCAAGUAAAAGUCCUGCAUUCAAAAUUUAGUAGAUGGACAAAAUUAUUAGCAGCAAAGUCUAAUUUAAGUACCAAAUUAUUGCAAAUCCUCAGAUGGUCUGAUUUAAAUGUAUUCUAACAGGUUUCACAUACAGUACACGUGAAUAUAUUUCUGUUGGGUUUCUGACCAGUCCUCAAAGCUACAGUCCUGAAAAACUUAAACAGAGAAUCAAAUCCAGAGUUCUGGGUCUUGUCAUAAUAAGAGUCUGGCAACAGUCACAGGUUUCUGUUGUCUGCCGAUAUUUUAUUUUGACUGCACUAUAGGCCCAAGGUGUGCAAUUAAUA